UGUAACACCUUAGUCAGUAGUAUUUUACCAAAUUCGAUGUGUCCUAAAAUUGUUGUAAAAUUUUAGUUUUCUUUUUCUUCUCACAAAUCAUAUUGUUUUUUCCUUUUCGUGCAAUGACCAGUCCGCCCCCUAUUUUAUUGGCCUGUUUUGUGCACUUGGUGCUGCAUACAACGCUCUUCAUACAGCUGGAUCCUGAUAUUUUUAAUGACACCCCUAUACUGGGCAGCCAGAUAUUCUAUCUUUCCGUAAUGGACCUGCUGUGCGACUGCGAAGUGAUACCCGAUCACUGGAAAGGCGUGCCUCCAUGGGGAAAGUUUAUCCUGGAGACCAUCGUCUCCUUCCUAAUCGGAGAAUUUUCCAUGAUGCUGGGGUGGCUCUCCAUGGAGAAGUUUCUUGUCGAGCUUCUCAAAAGGACGUCUCUUCGCUACCACUCCAAAUUUUUGGUUCUGGAGAUCAGUACAGUGGCCCUCGGCAUUAUCUUCUCGGUGUUAGUGGCUGCGAUGACAAAUCGAACGGCCAGAAUGCAGAAAGUCGGAAGCAAAGUCUGCAGCACUAUCAAACAAUAUAGACAGGAUCUGUGGACAAAAAAAGAACAAACCGUUCAAUGUCAAUCAUUUGUAAGGCGAAGGAUUUCUAUGUUUAUGCAAAAGCGUUAUCACAAGAUCUGAAAUUAAUCUGAGAUGCCCUUGGUAACCAAAUCCUUAUAUUUAUCUUCAUAAAAUUGGCAUACCAUUUAUUUCGUAUCAGAUGUAUAAUUGUAUAAUUUGGAACUUCUUAAACAAAUGAUUUGUAAUUUAUAAUUUCGAAAAGAGGUUUUGGCAUUGUACCGAAAUCCUUCUAAGUACCUUUAAAAAGAAAGCAUGUCUGUGUUUAUAAUGUCAAAAAGUUGUAGUUGUACCUUUUUAAACUCCCUAUAACUUAAAUUUACAUUGGCGACAAUUACAAAAAUUC